AUGGCAGCUACGAUGGCAUCACAAGAGGAAAUAUUAAAAAGCGAAAUCGAAAGACUGACCAGAGAACUGGACCAAGCCAGUAGCGAAAAAGUUCAAUCUGCCCAGUACGGGUUGGUACUUUUGGAAGAAAAGAAGGAUUUGCAACAGAAAUGCGAGGAAUUGGAGUCGUUGUACGAGAAUGCCAAGCACGAAUUACACAUAACACAAGAGGCUCUAACAAAAUUCCAAUCUAGUCACAAGGUAACCACAAAGUCGGGAAUAGAAUCCGAAGAAUCCCUCCUGAGCGAAUCGGCAGCCAGAGAAACGUCCCUCUACUCUCAAAUAAUCGAACUCGAAAAUGACAAUAAACAACUCCGCCACGAAUUGGACAGAGUCACAGCGGAAAGGGACCGCAUGCUGCAAGAAAACAACGAUAUGGGCAAAGACAAGGAGGACAGAAGCAUGGAAUGUAAAAGAUUACGGACCGAGCUCAGAGAAAUUAAAUUUAGGGAAAACAGAUUGAUUCUCGAUUAUUCAGAGUUGGAAGAAGAGAAUAUUGCUUUGCAAAAGCAAGUUUCUUCAUUGAAAAGCUCACAGGUUGAGUUUGAAAGUCUCAAACACGAAAUCAGGCGGCUACACGAAGAAAUGGACCUACUCAAUUUACAAGUCGAAGAGUUAACCAACCUCAAAAAAAUCGCGGAAAAACACAUGGAAGAAGCUCUCGAAUCAUUGCAAAGCGAAAGAGAAGCAAAGUAUGCUUUGAAAAAAGAACUGGACCAACAAAUCAACAGGGAAUCAUUUUACAACAUUAACAAUUUAGCUUAUAGUAUACGAGGCAUUACUGAAGAGACAGUGUUGGGCAGCGAUGGAGAAGAAGAAGGCUUGAAACACAUUGAAGCAAGUUUGUCCAGCGGAACUGGAUCCGAACUUACUUCUCCCGAUGAUAAACACGUGGAUUUGUUUUCGGAAGUGCAUAUGAAUGAAUUGAAGAAAUUGGAGAAACAACUUGAAGUAUUGGAGAAAGAGAAAAUCAAUCUUAACCAAGGACUUAGAGAAAAUCAAAGUUUAGUUGAAAAAAGCCAAGGAGAAUUACAAGUAUUCAUGGCUAGGUUGACGCAGUUGGCAGCUCACGUAGAUUCAUUACAGCACUUGUCAAAUAAUUUCGACAAAGUGCUGCAAAAACCAUCGGAGGAAGCUACCAAACUGAUAAGCCAAUAUCAAAACUGGUUCAAACUAUCCAGCAAAGAAGUCGAUCAGCUAAAAGAAGACAUAAAGCAGCUUGAAAAACAUGCAAACAUUUCCGAUGCAACUUUAAUGUUAAGAAACGAAAUAACCAAUGUGAAAAAUAAACUAUUGGAUACUGAGCAAAAGCGAAUGGAGGUUGAAGGAGAUUUUAAGUUGCUCACGGAGUUUUCUAAAGAAGCGGGGGCCUCUUUGGAGGAGACCCAAAACAAUAUACAAACUGUGACUGAGGAAUUAGCCCAAUUAUAUCAUCACGUGUGCACUGUUAAUGGACAAACACCUACUAGAGUUGUAUUGGAUCACGAAAAGGAGGGCAUGACACCAAUGACCGAAACAGCUCCAAUGAUGAUUGGCGAAAUGAGCAAACUAGAAUUAUUGAGAACUCGCCUUAAAAGUGACGUGCCCAUACACGAUCUGGAAAGUCUCAAUGAUACCGCCACUCUAGCUAGAAACGUGUGCACAAUUGUGGAUCAAAUUAAACAUCUCAGAACCGCCAUCGAGAGUACCAUAGAAAAAUCCAAAAGAGAAAAAACUAAUGGAACUUAUGAAUCUAAAGAUGAAAAUAAUGAAGAAAUCCAAGAACUGCAAGAACAAGUGAUCAGACUCAAAAGUUUGUUGUCCACCAAGAGGGAACAAAUAGCCACAUUGCGAACCGUCCUCAAGUCCAAUAAAAAUACUGCCGAAGUUGCUCUGACCAAUUUGAAGAGCAAAUACGAGAAUGAGAAAACAAUAGUUUCGGAGACGAUGAUGAGUCUCAGAAACGAGCUUAGGUUGUUGAAGGAGGAUGCUGCUACAUUCUCAAGUCUGAGAGCGAUGUUCGCCGCCAGAUGCGAAGAGUACGUCACUCAAGUGGACGAACUGCAGCAGCAACUGACCGCCGCCGAAGACGAAAAGAAAACUUUGAACCAGCUCCUCCGAUUGGCCGUGCAACAAAAACUGUCCUUGACUCAGCGUCUCGAAGAGCUCGAAGUCGAUCGCGAGAUACGAAACGCUCGCAGGCAAAACAACAGAAAUUUCCAGAGAGCCGGCAGAUCGAACAGGGAUAAUUUGUUUUAG